UUCAGAGUCGAAAGAUGGACCGAGUCGAAAAUCGUUCGAAUCGGAUGGAAAGUGGAAGACAACAUCUCACUAGAUAGAAGGGGUUGCUGGGAUUGUAGAGGGGAAGUUUCUGUCCCCUUCAUCGUCGAACAGAGGCCACCGGUCUGGGAUUGCAAUUCAGAUAGUAGAGAUUGGAGAGAGUGAAAACUGUGGUAGGCAGAAUGAGUAGCGGCAGCCUGAGGAGCAUGCUGGCGGCAGCGGCCAUAAGAGGAGUAACAGAGGCGAGGGCGAAGAUAUUUGGUCACGUUCUGAACCCAACAGGACAGAGAUCACCGCACAAGAUCCUCCGUAAGAAGCUCAUCGGCGAGAAAGUCGCUCAAUGGUACCCUCAUGACAUCAAGAAGGACGACCCACUUGUCAUGGCCCGUCAGGAACAAGAGCGCUUGUCUAAACUAGAAAUGUUGAAGCGGCGUGGGAAGGGUCCACCCAAGAAAGGCCAAGGAAGACGUGCUGUUAAACGUAGCAAAUAGAGUUAAUCCCUUCAGGUGCUUUCUGAUUCGUGGCAUUCUUUUUAGUUUGAGAAUAUUGGUGAAGAGUGAAAUUGUGUCCAUCAGCUGGGAGAAUUUACCAAGUCUUAUUUGGUAAAAGAGCUUCAUUUCCUACCAUCUGAGCAUCUCUGUAGAAGUUGUCCUUUGUCCAUGCAAUGGAAGAAACAAAUUUUGGUGUGUUUUUUUUUUUUUUUAAAGCAGCAUUGUUCAUAUUGUUCAAUUGAAAUGAAUCAGAAGUCUUAGCUUUAAAA